AUGAAACGAAAACUCAACGAAGAGGGCGUCCCGGAAGAGGUGCGCUCUGCGCCGUCUAUGAAAUCAGGUUCGAAAUUCGAAACGCUGCAGCUUGAUCCUCGUCUCAUGCGUGGGAUUCAAGCGCAGUCGUGGGCAGAGCCGACGAAAGUGCAAUUGGAGGCCAUCCCCCUAGCUAUGGAAGGCAAAGAUAUCCUCGCCCGAUCCUCCACCGGCACUGGAAAAACCGCCGCCUACCUUUUACCUGUACUCGAGAAGAUCCUCCGCAGCAAAACAACGUCAAGCCAGAGACAGACCACAGCACUCAUACUGCUCCCGACCCGGGAGCUGGCAGGACAGGUCGCAAAGGUCGCGGAGUCGCUUGUGGCGUUCUGCGGACAAGACAUACGCGUGGAGAAUCUCGCACGUACAGAGGAUGGUCUCGUUCAACGCGCUCGCCUUGCAGACUUCCCGGAUAUCGUUGUGUCUACUCCGGGUGCAAUAUCGACCAACUUGAACAACGGCGCGCUGUCUCCCGAUCACCUGGCACACCUCGUAAUCGACGAGGCGGACUUAGUUAUGAGCUAUGAAUACGAGAACGAUCUCGAAAACAUCUCCAAGUCUUCCCCAAAGGGCGUUCAGUGCUUCCUCAUGAGUGCUACUCUAUCUUCCGAUCUAGACUUUCUGAAAGGCCUUUUCUGUCGAAAUCCGGUCAUUCUAGAGCUGGACGAUGACGAGAAAGAUACAGGCGGUGUCACUCAGUAUGUUGUGCGAUGCAAGGAGGAUGAAAAGUUCUUGUUGGUCUAUACUUAUUUCAUGUUGAAGACACUUAAGGGGAAGGGUAUCAUCUUUGUGGGCGAUAUCGACCGAUCAUAUCGACUGAAAUUAUUCCUGGAACAGUUCGGUAUCAAGAGCGCGGUUCUAAAUUCCGAACUACCAGUCGCCUCCCGCCUACACAUUGUGGAACAGUUCAACAAGAAUCUUUAUGAGAUUCUCAUUGCCAGUGAUGAGAAUGAAGUUCUCGGCAAUGAAGGACGAAAGAAGAAGAGUCACAAGGAAAAUGAGCAAGAGGAGGGGGUGGAUGAAGAUGCCGAAAAGAGCAAGACCUCCGAUCCGGCAGAUGCCCCGGUGGAUGACGAUCAGGAUGGAGAAAAAGUCACUACAAAUGGCAAGGUAACUGAAAAGUCUGGGCCACCAAAGAAAAAGAGGAAAGGACCGAAACUAGACAAAGACGCCGGCGUUAGCAGAGGCCUCGACUUCCGAAACAUCGCCUAUGUCCUCAAUUUCGACCUUCCUACGAGCUCCAAAUCUUACACUCACCGAAUCGGACGAACAGCACGUGCGGGGCAAACUGGAACGGCCAUCUCAUUCGUCGUUCCAAAGGAGCAUUACCGGAAACACCGUCCGACUACUUUCCCGUCCACUGAACACGAUGAGGAGGUCAUGGCAAAGAUUAUCGCAUCUCAAGAAAAGAAGGGGAAGUCUAUUCAGCCCUUAAAAAUUGACGAUAAACGUCUAGAGCCCUUCCGGUACAGACUAGCGGACGCUCUGAGAGCCGUGACUCGGAUAGCUGUGAGAGAAGCAAGGGUGCGGGAAUUGAGGAUUGAGCUCUUGACCAGCGACAAGCUCAAGCGACAUUUCGAAGAGAACCCUGAGUUGAAGCAACAAUUGCGCCACGACGGCGAGCUCAGAGCUGUGAGAUCGCAACCACACUUAAAGCAUGUUCCUGAUUAUCUUCUUCCUGGAGGCAAGCAGGCCGCUCAAGAUAACGUUGGGUUCAUUGGGAUGGGCAAGUCAAACGAGAAUCGGAUUCGGAAGGCAAGAAUGCAAAACAAAGCUCGUGGUAAAGGGAAGAGGCCCGGAGGAAAGAAUGCGGACCCACUCAAGACAUUCAACGCAAAGGGGCGUGGAAAGAAGUGAGAUAGUUACAGAAAGUAUGAAUAGUAUGUAGACUUCAGGAGUAUCCAAUCCCACGUCU